CUUAGAAGGUCAGUCAAGUCAAUGUGAUAGCAACUCGCUUAGUAUUUGUAAUGUAGUUUUCUGGUUGAUGGAUAAUGAUAAUAUUUUCUAGAUUAAAUUACAGGCCAAUUAUUUAUUCACUGGAAAUGGAUCGAAUUAAUUUUUUUGAUCUCGCAUUUGAUGAUGAAUUUGCAAAACCGGCAUUCAUGCCAGAAAUUAAAGAAGAAAUUAUUGAAGACGGUCUGUCAUUUUUCAAUGAAAAUCAAACUGAAGUUACCAAUAUUUUUGAGAAAAUCAAUUCUCUUUGUAAUCUGGAGGCUGACGACUCUUUUAUAUCCGAAAAUAGAGAUUUAUUUGAUGAACAAAGAAUUUGUUUGGAAAAUAACUAUAUCGAAGAGCUUUUGUUGGGGAAUAAAAGAAAUAAAAAACGUCGAAAGAUACCCCGUAAAUGUGAAGUUUGUGGCAAGAUUUUGACAGAUAGAAGUACAUACUGGAAGCACAAGCAGGUUCAUUUAUCAGAUAAAGCUUAUAAAUGUGAGUUUUGUCCGAGAACAUUCAGUGGCAAGGAAAGUUUAAUUGUGCAUCGGUUUGAACAUACUGGACAAUAUGCUUAUAAAUGCUCCAAGUGCGGUAAACAGUUCCGAAGUCGCUGGGGGCUGACUCUACAUAUUCGAACCCAUACUGGGUAUAAGCCACAUGGUUGUCACGUAUGUGGGAUGAGAUUUUCUAAUACUGGAGAUAUGGGGAAACACUUGAAGCGUCAUUUUGCUGUAAAGUCGUAUAAAUGUAAAGAUUGUGGGAAGAAAUUUGUUUCUUCGAAAGAGCUCAAAAUACACUUUAAUAGAGUUCACUCAAAUGAGAGGCUCCAUAAAUGUGACAAGUGUGAUAAAUCUUUCAAAACUAGAGCGGAUAUGUUACGACAUGAAAAGCAUCAUCUUGCCUUGAGAAGCUUUUCAUGCCCAAUCUGUCAAUUUACUUGUUCAAUUAAACAUAAUUUGGAAGCGCAUUUCAAAGUACACUCGAGCGAGAAGUCUUUUUUCUGUGAGGUCUGUGGCAAGCAAUUCAAACGUGCAGGAGAUGUUAAAAAGCAUAUGGCAACUCAUUCUAAUAAAAGACCAUAUCAGUGUAAAUUCUGCGAUAAAACCUACAAAGCUGCUAAACAUUUGAGUGUUCAUGUCAAUCGAGCACACACCGGUACCAGGGACAUUGAAUGCGUGCAAUGCAAAAAGAAAUUUUUCGAUACUGCAUCGCUUAAAAAUCAUAUUAAGAUACAUAUUGGCAAAAAGCGAUUUUCAUGCGAAGUAUGCAACAAACGUUUCCUAGUGAAACAUAAUUUAAUAACACAUGAACGAGUGCACACUGGAGAAAAACCAUUCGAAUGUAGAAUUUGUGGACAACGUUUCACGCAAAUGCCGAAUAGGGCACGUCAUGAAGAAAGACAUAUAUUGAAAAAUACAGGCUUAAAAUCUUUUUCAUGCAAAAAAUGUGAUAGGUCAUUUUUAACUAAAGACUAUCUAAAUCAUCAUUCUGUGAUUCACUCUAAUGAAAAACCCUUUUCAUGUGAUUUUUGUGGAAAAUUGUUUCAUUUCAAGACUAACUUGGAAAUUCAUCUUAGAGUUCACACAGGAGAAAAACCGUACAAAUGUGAAGCAUGCAGGAAGUCCUUUUCUCAGCACAGCUCUUGGAAACAUCAUGUCAAAGAAAAUGUGUGUGCAAAAGAUGUGCAUGUGUAAGCAAAAUUUAAGUCUUUCAAUAAAUUUUUUUAACACAAAGUGGACUGAUGGAUCGUUAUGGCUAGAAGCAGUGAUGGGAUUCAAAUUUUUCGUCAGCCUGUUCCUUCACCAAAGUCAUAUUUUUCAGCCGGUUCUGUUUCAAACAAAACAUUGACAGUAACCAGUAAUGCUAACCGGUUCGCUGAUCUCAUAAAAUUCAAAGAGACGGUUCUAUAGAACCGGUUACGACCCGGCUGAACCCCACCACUGGCUGGAAGGCUAUUACAAAAAUUAUUAUUUAUUACGGCUAUUAUUUCAAAAAAUUUUUGGGCAUUUGUGGAAUUUUUCUCGAUUUUAAAUUUUUGUUGAGAUGACAUUGUCAAAAUUGAAAAAUUCGCACUGUGCUGUGGUUUCGUUAUCACAUCGUGUCCAAAUAUUUGAGCAUUGAUCUCUUAUUUAUAUAAUUUUCUUUGAUAUGUUCAGUUUGGUUCUUUCAAUGGUGUUUUCUCAUUCUUUCUCUUAAUAUGUUCCCAAUUGAUAAAAUGAAGUGAGUAAUGCUGUAGAGUCAGAAAAGUUUGUAGCGUACAUGAAGCCAUUAGAAAACGAUUCUGUAUUCCGGACUCAGGGAUGGCCAUUUCCGAAUACUAAACUAUUCCGAGUACAUUCUAAAAUAAUGUUUUCGAAUGUGGAAUUCCGAAUACAUUCUAAAAUCGA